AUGGCGAAGGAAAGAUCGGGGCAGUGUGGCGAUGCAGUGCUUUGCACCUCUCUGCUGCUAGAGAUCAAUGUUUUGACUGUCGUGGUCGUGGUUCCCGUCCCGGCUCGGCUCCCGGCGGCGAACAGCGCAUUCAACAUGCUGCCCCUGCCUGCAACAUGCGUGAGAGUUGCCCUUGGUGCAUGUACUGCGUCAGCUGUGGAGAUGUGCAAUCUUUGCCCUCGUAUUAACAUGUAUCAGCUGGCAAAGCAAGCUGAAACUCAAGCAGUUGUCAUGCCGCUCUCCUCCCCCUCACGCCGGCGAAGGCUCGACCUGUGCUGCUUGAGGGCAUGCCCUAUGCAGACAAAAGAUUAUGUGCACCGUGCUCGGGUCGACAGAACCAAUAGCUCUUUUGUCCCAGGGUCCUCUUCUCAUUGCUGGCAAACAUUGGCAAGCGACAGCCCCCUCGCAGGCCUUCAGACUCGUGGCACGGGAGGCGCGAGAGGGGCGAGAGGCCGAGAGUUGGCCGAGAGUUUGCCACAGCAAAGGGCUUAA